AUGGAAAGUCACAACACCAGUGCUGAGGAGGACGGUGAUGCACGACCUGCAAAGCGGCGGCGGAAGCUCCCACCCGAACCUACCACGGCUUUACCAGCCAGGCGGCGAGAGAAUGGCGGGCACCUGCUCAAUUUUUUCGGAAAUUGCGUAGAUACGGCUGAACCAUCGUCAACGCAACUAUCCAAGAAUGCCAUAAAGAAGGCUGCGAAAGAAGCUGAAAAGGCCGAGAAAAAAGCAGAACAAGCCAGACUUCGCGAAAAAGAACUCCAGCUUCGACAGCGGGAAGAAGCAGCAAAUGACUUUGCUGCUAGUAAUUAUGGCGAACAUCCCCCGACCACGGCUCCUGUAUCCCAUUGCGAAUGGUUACAGCUCACCAAGGUUGAGGAAUGGGAAGAUCGGCUAUGCAUAUUUCGGUGUGCUAUCGAGAAUGCCCGCAUUCAGUCGACAAAGCUAGCCUUUCUUAGCGUGAGCCAACGAUUACAGUCGAUUCAAGUGGUUGUAGCUGAGGAUGGAGAGAACGUCUCAAGACAAAUGGUUAAAUUUGCUGGAGAUAUUCCGGCAGAGUCUCUCUGCGUUAUACACGGAAUUGUGAAAAGAACGACUGAGCAGAUCAAAAGUACAACCGUCCAGGGCUUCGAAAUUCAAGCCAAGAAAAUUUAUCUCGUCUCUAAAGCUUCUACGCCGCUACCUUUACAACCAGCGGACUCAGAACGGGCACUACCUUCGGAGACUAAUGAGGAUGUUAACAGCCCACUCGUGUCACUUAAUACACGACUGAACAAUAGGGUACUCGACCUACGAGCCAAGAUAAACCAUUGUAUCUUCAUUCUUCAGGACGGCGUGGAUUCGUUAUUCCAAGAAUUUCUGCGAGCUCAAGGAUUCAUACGAAUCCAUACUCCGAAGAUCAUCGGCGCUCCAAGUGAAGGUGGCAGCAAUGUUUUCCGUCUCGACUACUUCCAAGGCAACUGUUAUUUGGCUCAAAGUCCUCAGCUGUACAAACAGAUGGCUAUUCAGGCACGAUUUCCGAGAGUUAUGGAGAUAGGACCGGUGUUCAGAGCUGAGAAGUCAUUCACGGCACGGCAUUUGACCGAGUUCACCGGCCUUGAUGUUGAAAUGGAAUUUGAAGAGGACUAUCAUGAAGUUGUAGAUGUUUUGGAGAAGUUGAUGCUCUUCAUUUUCAAGGGUCUCCAAGAGCGUUACAGCGACGAAACAGAGUUGAUACGCAAAGUUUAUCCGGUACAACCUUUCAAGCUCCCUGCAAACGCUCCGAGACUUCACUUUGCUGAGGGCAUCAAAAUGCUUCGUAAAGCUGGUGAGUCCAUCGGAGAUUACGACGAUCUGACGACACCUCAAGAAAAGAAAUUGGGUCAGCUCGUUCUCGAAAAGUAUGGCUCGGAUUUCUACACCCUGGAUCAGUUCCCUAAGGCUCUCCGCCCCUUCUACACCAUGCCGUCUUCCACCGACCCAGACAACUACUCGAAUUCGUACGAUAUGUUUAUGAGGGGGCAAGAAAUUUGUUCAGGAGCGCAGCGCAUCCACUCUUAUGAACUCCUUGUCCAAAGAAUCCGGGAGCUAAACAUGAACCCUGAACAGGCUGGGCUGAAGGAUUACGUUGCCGGCUUUAAGUAUGGAUGCGCACCUCAUGGCAGGGGUGGGUUUGGGCUAGAGCGGAUUGUGCAAUUCUACUUGGGACUUCCAAACAUUAGACUUGCGAGCAUGUUUCCGCGAGACCCUACUAGGGUAGUGCCUUAG